UCCUUUUUCUGCCUGUUUGUGUUCAAGCUGAAGAAAUGUAUCACUGACGGCAUUUACAGUAUGGAAAAAAGGGAGAACCACACAGCCUGAAAAAUAAGCAACUCGGAGUUGGAGCGACAAGUGUGGGUGAAGUCAGAGAUGAAAAUGUAAUAUAACAGAAACGGUGAUGACUUUUCAUGGUUUUACUCUUUAUUGAUUUAGUUUAUCAAAUCUAUAUUCUUUAUGCUUUUGAUCGCUUCCUUUGCUUUCGAGUAUUUGUAAGACGUGCUUCUUGCUCUCUCCGGCACGUUGUUGGAUUAUUGGCUCCUAAACAUCACGUCUGCUCUUUGUUGUCCUUUGACUCCUACAUUAGGGAUAGUGACAUAUUUUUUUGUUUUUCUCUUUGUUGUAUAUGUGCUUUCUUUAUUCUUGUUCUUCCGCUGCAUGAUUUUGGCUCGGUUCUUACCAGAUGCAUUGCAACAAAUACAGAAACAGAUGCACAGCUGUGACAUAUUCUCCAAAAAACAUUCCCAAAUUAGUUAAAGGGUUGUAUGUUCAUGUGAAUUAUUUGUCACAAUUAAGAAUUCAAUGUUAAUAUACCAAAAAAGGAGGUAGAAACAUUUUUUUUUAUUUGUCCACAAGCAUGUAAUAAAUGAGCCCCAUUUGAGUGUAUUCUUAUUUAAAUUCAGUGUAGACACUUGUGUUACUUCAGCUAUGUGUUAAAUUUAAUCUGAUGAUUAUCUGUCAAUUUUUAUGAUUUUAUAGGCAUCAUUAACGUAUUUGACUGGUUUUAGGUGGCAGUUUUCUCCUGGAAGACUGGAAUGUCACGAACUAAUGAACACAGAUCAUUCAGGUAUAUAACUCUGUGCGCUUUAUUGAACCUAAAAUCUUAUAUAACAGCAACACAAGAUUUAGCUUUAUAAAAAGAGUGUUUAAACAUUUUAUUUUCAAAAGGUACUUCUUAUUCUCACCAGCAGACAUCUGAUUGAAUAUUGCAUAGACGCAUUUGUUUUAGCUUUCUUCAGGAACAGAAAUAUUUUCAGGCAGAUUUGGCUAGUGCUGCAUUAGGCUAAGCUCCACACAGCCAGAGGAAACAAACAAGUGCUUUCUCUGACUACAAAACAGACAGACGGCACAAUGGAAAAGUCUUUACAGGUCUGAAACCUAAACUUUUUAAAACCUCGAGAUAUCUCGAUAGCAGUACCUAGUUAUUAUACACUGAGCAAAAAUAUAAAUGCCUCAUGUCAAAUAUACGGUAAGAGUUUUAUGAACAUUUGUGUUACACAAUUUAUAGAGAAACUCAAACUAUAUUUUCAGUAAUUACUGAUCUCUGUAUCGGCGUUUAUAACAUCGUGGUGUGGCCAUUUGUAGCGGAUUGACAGUCCUUUGAACAUGAUAGGGGUCAAGGUUGAGGACUAUGACCUUGACCAAGUUGGCUUCUCGUAGGUGUGGUAUAGAUGUGGUGCGUCUGUUGUGCAGAGCAAGUCUCAUCAGCUGUGUGUGUCGCUGGUCUUAGCCGAUCCCGCAGAUGGACGAGCCGGAUGUGGCGAUCUUGUGCUGGAGUGGUCACACGUGGCCGACGGGGACAAGGUCGAUUUUCAGUUGUGCCAAUUUGUUGGAAACAAACACUUGAACAGCCGAUGGUCCAAUAACGGACAUUGAGCCGCGCAGCUACUGCUCUGGUGGACGUCCCUGCAUCCAGUGACACACUCCCGCAUAUUGAAACAUCUGGCAUUAUGACUUGUGACAAAAUUUUACAUUUUGGGGUGGCCUUUUAUUGUUUCCCAGUCCAAGGAUUGUCCAGUUACUGCUCACUUUGUCUGAUCAGCCACUGGACAUGCCCCACCCUUGCACCGAGUAAAACAACUACUCACUGAGUAAUGCUCACUGACAGCAAGAUGGGUUAAAAAUUAUACACAAAUCAAGAGAAAUAUUACCUUUGUACAGUAAAAUGUCAGCAAAUGCUCAUUUACAGUUGUUGGCCCCACAUGGCAACAAUACUUGACAAGAGAUGUUUAUAUUAUUGUUCAGCAUACAUGUUUCUGACCGACAUGCUAAGGCACUUGAGGAGGGAGAAUGUGUGCAAUCAAAUCAGUUUAGAGGACUUUAAGAUUUCUAUUUCCACCUGUUCUCUCCACCAUCCAUCGUGUCCCCAGCGUCGCCUCGUCGUUCUCUCCUCCCCCAUCUUCCGUUCUGGACGACGCGCUCUAAACCUAUACGCCCCACUUCUCGGAAACCGCAGACUUUUAUUCAGAACUCGUCUGAUUUUCUUUUUCUUUUUUUAAAAGAAACUUUUGACCUUUGGUUAAUUAGGACACUUAAAAGCAAGUCGGGAGGGAGGAAGAGGAUUAGCUGAUUCGCGGCUCGUACAUUAAGUCUGCCGCGAAGUCACGGCGGCGCGUGUUUACGUGCCAUCUUAAGAGUGCGGGUGGAUGUAUCCUUGACAUAACUCCUGAUGCGCUUUGCCAAGGACUUUAAGUAAAUCAAGGCUGAGAGGUUUGGACUGAGUAAAAUACACCAAGGGGAUAUGAGCUGUGGGCUUACGGGAAAAGAAAAAGAAAAAAUAAAUAAGUAAAUUUAGAAGGAAUCUCUAGAGGAAGUCGAAGAAAUCUGGGCAAACGAACAAUGAAAACGAGAGAGAUAAAGGAAUGCUUUUUGCUAAACUAUGCUAAAUUAAAAUGGAAAAAUUCCAAGGUCGCCUUGUUCUUUAAACAAGAACCUUGCACUGUAAUUCUGCUCAUCUUCUGAAGGCUAUUAUCUACCGUCUGCUGCAGUUUUCUCAUGACUCCCUUCCUGUAUUUUUAUGUCGCUCUCCCUUGAGAUGACUUCCUUUCUACCUGUCUGAACUCUUUCCUAUCCACUUCCCUUCUACCAGCCCUCAAGCAUCUCCUUUCCCCCGUAGUUAUUCCCCUGCUCCUUAAUCCUCCUCCCUUCCCUGCGAUAAUUCCUCUCCCGUUUCCCUCUUUGCUUCUUUCUGUCAAAAUCUCUCUCUUGUUCCCUCCUUCUCUUUGGCAGACGCUGUCCUCUUCUCUCCUCCCCUCCUCUCACUUCGCUUCCUACCUUCUUCUCUUCUCCUCGCUGCUUUCCCCAUCGCCUGCUUUCCAUCCAUCCAUCUUUCACUCGUUUUUUUGUUUUUUCUCCCCCCUUCUAAAUCAGUCCUAAUAGCCCGCAGUGCCGCACAUGCUCCAGACGUGCUUGCAGAGGUACUAGCACAUUCAUCACGCAGAGGCACAAACACGCAUCGCACGUGGAUGCAGGGGCACACGCACGUACGCGCUCGCGCUGACCUGACGCUCAGUCAGCACCGAUGUUCUUAUAUGUCAAACUGACAGUCGCAUACGGGAGAGAUGUAAAAUUAAAGGGAGAAACGGGGAGAAAAUGGAGACGCGCCGCAACAAACGGUCUGGAAUGUGGGAUGAGCGAAAAGUAAAUGGAGACGAACAAGAUACUGAGAGGAAAAAAUGGUUCAUGGAUUGAAUCUAUAAUCAAACACUGAACAGCAGGGGCAGAACAGCGAGCUAACAAGACGAUACGCAAUGCUGAGUUUUUUUUUUCACAAAAUAUAAAUGUUUCACACAACCGAGUACAAAAGAAUGUGUAAUUAAUAGGGUUAUUUUUUUUAAAUGUGUUUGUGUACUUCUAAAAAUACAAAAUUUUGUGUUCUCUGAAACGAAAUGAAAAGUUUUACUAAUAUUUCUUUGAUAAACUAAGAAUCUGAUUAAUUUUGGUGUGAAUUACCCAUUUAGUUUAGCGCUGACAGGAAGCUCUAAAGCAGAUGCUAACUUCAGUGUUAUUAGCGGCUAACUGCUAGCUUGCAGCAUCUAUCGACAUACUGAGCAGCCUUUAUUUCGCAGCAGCAAAACAGGGGAACUCCAUUACUUCUUCCUUUCUAAAUCAAGACCAUGUAUUAAAUCUUUCUAGUUUUUUGAUUUUCAUUUUAUUACACAUGAAUUGGCUCUGAAGACCAAAAACUAGCAUCUUGAACCUUCGUCCUCAAGUGUGGAAUUUUAAGUUUUGGGCUUGACCAAUAAAAAGGUUUGAUUUUGAACAAGAGAGGACAAAAUCUAACCAAUAGGGGCAUAUGAUACACUGUAUUGAUAGCGGCUAACUGUUAGCCUUACUCUUGUAUCUUGUCUCGGUUCUGGGUCACCCUGUAGCUAUUUCUUGCCCACAGAGAGACCCUUCUUGGCUUUUCUUCCUUUCCAACAAAUUUUACAUGUUUACUAAAUUUCUGUUUCUCUUAUUUGGCCCUUUUGGUUAGACAUUGAGAUAAAUAAAUGAAACAAACAAAGGUAGUUUAUAAGGAUAUAUGCACCCUUGUUGUCUCCAGAAACAAUCAGAUGAACCCAGGGCCUCCACCAUCAUAGACAGAAGAGCUAGUAUUUAACUUUUUGAAGAUAUUGUAAAGACUCAACUAACUAUCAACUGUCUGAAAAUUGGAUAUGAUUUGAUGCAUAGCCAGUAACAUUUUCAGUGGGAGACAUUUUAUGUUAUUUUGUACUCCACGAAGUCUGACACAAACCGAUCAAAUCGGAAAAGUUACUUGGCGGUAAAUGGACAGAUAUAGCAGUCUAUAUACGUCUUUUUUUCCCCCCCACUUGGUUUCCCCAAAUGCUACCAGAUAAAACUGAAAGCGGUGGAGGCUUCGUCAAUGUAAUCAUUUCCUCUUCUACUUCAAACCAUCGCCUUCAAACAGAAUGUCAGGCUUAAACUACAUGGAAACUAGAUAGGGUUUCAUUUUUGAAAAACCCUUCCAUUUUGAUGGAAAAACUGUCAAUAUUUAAAAAUUUAGAGAUCUCUUUCCACCCCUAAUCCAACUAAGUAGCAAAAAAAAAAGAAAAUCUGAAAAAAGGAGGUGCCUGUGACAUAUAAUGAGCUAGAGAGGCAGAGAGUGAAAAGGGAGAGUCAACAAGCCAAGGACGUGCCCAUUUAUGCACAAAAGGCACUUGCUUGAAUGCUUGAAUGUGUGUGAGUGCAAGAGAGAGACACCAUGAGGGAGGGCAGGAGUGAGCCAGAGAGGGAGGAGAGACUCGGAAACAGGGAGGAGGGAGUGAAACGGAGCGAUUGCGUGAGAUACUGACAGCCAGUCCUGCCACGGAACGGCAGAAACAGCGGCAGGAACGCGAGCCUCGCCAGCGGACGGGACGCAGACGCUCCGAGCGGACCGAGGAUUUAAGGGGAAUACACGCCGACGAGGAAGCGACGACAAAAGGAAGAGGAUGGAAUAAAGCAAAAAAAAAAAAAAUACUGAUAAUAAUUGCUUCUGUGAGCCCCUCACACUUCUGUUUGGAGCAUCCCACAAGCAGAGCACCAGUGAAAACACAUACAUAUGAUAUAUAUAUAAAAUUCCUAUACAUAUAUAUCAAAUUAUGCCUGUUUUCAAAGAAGCCGCAGCCGGACAACGACUGAAUUGACAUCAAAAAGCUUCAAAAAAUUGGGAGAUAAUAUGCAGCGUUUUGCUUAAAAACUGUUGCAUAUUAAACCUUUGUUGUUGGUUUUUUUCCUGUUUUUUUUUUUUUUUUUUCCCAAUAGGGUUGUGAAAAUGGAGGGAAAAAUAGAUCCAUUUUAAAACUGGAAACUGAGUAGUCAAUGCGAGAUCUCAAAAGCGCUUUUGCUGUGCCGUGUCCUGCAUUUCCACAUGGGCUUCUUUUGAAAACGGGAUAUUAUUAUUAUUUUUAAUUUUUUUUUAUCUGCCCUUGGUGCCACGCUGCCGUCGGCUGUCGCGUCUCCACUUGUCUCUGUCGGGCUGGGCUAGCUUUGUUCCAGAAAGGCUCCUGAGAGCGCUCUGCUGAAAGUGCAGAGGGCAGUCCGCGGGAUCCAUGACCCCAUGGUGAUAUUUCCUCCAGCAGUGGCACAAAACAAAACAAAACAAAAAAAGUCUUCCCAGGUCUUAAGGGUGAGGUAAGCCGGAGAGAAGAGACGGAUAGAGGUGGAAACGUCAAAAGGAGGAUGUGAUGGAGGGAAGAUCAGGAUAAGAGCAUGUAAUGAAAAUAAAAGGUGAAAGGGGAGGGAAAACAAAACCACUGAAGAAGAAGAGGAAGCCAUGAUCCACUGCGAAAUGGACGAAUAAUUUUAACCCGCUAAUCUUUUCUUCCGUUCGUGGAGCAGAUCCAAGACGUCAAAAUAAUAGCUUCAGUACAAGAGCCCUUCUUACUCUCUUCCCCCUCUCUCGUCACCUGUGCACUUGCAGGGCAGAGCUGAGUCGGCUGAAAGCCAAGAGUGGAGUCCUGGGUCUGUCAAAGACCCCUGGAUCCGAGGAGAGGAGGGCUUUCGGGGGAGCAACAGCAGCUCUGGGCACGGCCGGCGCCAAAAGCCAUUGGACUCCUGUGUGUGUGUGUGUGUGUGUGUGUGUGUGUGUGUGCGCCACUUAAAAAGCUCCAGACUGAUACUGUCAGUGUCCUGUCAUCAGGGAGUUGAGCUCUUUUUGUGGAUGCGUGCGUGUGGAAGUAUGUAUGUGCACGAGUGAGAGAUAACAAGCCUCAGGUGCACUUCUGGACGGCGAUCACCACAGGAGUCGAGCCUGGACUGAUCCGUCAAAAGAUACUUCACAGCUGCUGAUACCUGUUGGGCUCUGUGGCUGAAAAUAGAAAAGCAGCAGAUCAGUCAAUAAAGACGUCAGCGGCCGAGAAAGAAGAGGGGGGGAGGAGAGCAACAUCUACCAAAGUGGACUACAUUGGCGCCAAAAACAUGGUCACCGCAAAAAUAAAAAAAGCUCCCUUUCAACUGUGACAUUGAGAGAAGCAGGAUGAUGGAUGCAAGUUAAGACCUGUGGUGGAGUUAUUUAAUUUUUUUUUUUACUUUUCUGGACACCUGAACCGAUUUGACUUCAGUGCUGAGGGGUCAUCCACUCAGGGAUAUGAGUCUAUCUUUGGAGUGAAAGCCCUUCCAUGUGGAAACCUUCGCUAGCUGGAAGUUUGGAUUUGCUUUGCCCACCAGCACCGUUGGGAACCUACAGUUUUCACGUUUCACGGAUUAUUCAUCCACUCUGUGGGAGGAGUUCAUUGCUGAAAAUGCCACGGGCAAGUUCAUUCGUAGGUAAUACAUCCUCCUAAAUUGGAUCCUCCUCCCCGAGGGUUUGGAUUUGUCUACAACCGCCUCUGCUGUCUGCCGAAGACUUGAAUGGCUUUGUAAAAGGAGCUUUUUGGUCUUCUAUUACCGGUCCCUAUCCGAACUGAGACGCUGCAGGACUCUGGAGUGAGUCCAUCAUGGCCGCUCCAAUGUGUGUGCUCAUGUUGAACUUUUCACUGGCCAUGUUACUGGGCCUGACCACCCUGAGUGGACUGAGCUCAUGCCCGUCAGGACAAGUUUCAGCGCAGGUCUCUUCCAACAACCAGAGCACAGAUUCGUCUGUGUUACCAGAGGCGGCACUGGCAACACCGACGCCGGACCCAGAGCUACAGACGGAUUCAACCAGUGGGAACCGCUGCUGGGGGUACUAUGACGUCAUGGGACAGUGGGACCCGCCAUUUAACUGCAACGCAGGCAUCUACCUGUUCUGUUGCGGUUCCUGCUUCUACCGCUUCUGCUGCCAGUUCAGAGUCCACAGUCUGGACCAGACCUCCUGUUCCAACUACGACACACCCGUGUGGGCAAACACCGGGAAACCGGGGCUGCCCGUCACGGAGGUCCACCAGGAACCGGAUCGGGAUCGGACCCACAUGAUCGUUUACAUUAUCUGUGGGGUGGUGGCCAUCAUGGUGCUGGUGGGGAUUUUCACAAAACUCGGACUGGAGAAGAGUCAGGGAGGUCAAACGGACAUGACGAACUCAAGGACUCUGACGGAGCUUCUGAAGCAGCCUGGGGAGGCAGGAGCUGUGGACGGAGCUGGAAUCCAUCAUCCCAUCGGGACGAACGGCAUCUCAGCCAGAACCAUGCGCACCAACAAUGAUCACAACCACUUGAACAAUGCAGCUCUAUCCCCGCUGGGACCGGCCAUGGCCUUGUCUCACCCUCACAACAACCUGGGAAUUGGCUUCAAUAAGUACACCUCGCUCAAGGCCGUAGACACAGGUAUAAGAGACUACUACAAGAGCUACCCAAUGGUAGAUUACACCCACCGCCAAUCUCCUCCAAACUUCCAGCCAAUCAACUUCCACCCCAAGGACAAGCCCUUCCUGCCGCCUCCCGACGUCCACGCACCUCUCGCCAUCACCAUCAACACCUCCCAGAUGCCCAAGCCCAAGAUCUCCAAAACCAACACGCACCCGCUCACCUCCAGCUCGGCCUUCAAAGCGUGGGACCCGAGCAAGAGCCACAUCCCGCACCCGACGGCAACCCACAUGGGCAUCAGCGCGCAGCAGCAGCAGCACCACUCCAUCCAGCAGCAGCACCACCAGACGUUGCACCAGCAGAACAGUCGGCGCCAGGCCUACUCCAACAAGAGGCAGUUCAGCAUCGAGACGUUGCCCGAGCUCUUCUCGCAGCCGCUGGGCUACGGCCACUCGCCGCACAUGCACCCCAAGCACAAGGGACUGGCCACCAACAGCAAGACGGAGGUGACGGUGUGAGCGAACAAAGAAACUGAGUCGAGGGGAUGCGCUCUGAUAUCCUUUAUAUCCACAGCUACCGUGUCGUGUAGCAAGCAAAUAUCACAUCUGGGAUUUUUAUGAACUGCAUUUUCCUCAACAUUUUUAACUGGAACAAAGAUGGCAGCAUGUGUGUGGCAUUUGUAUGUUUCUGAGACCACCGGAUUGAAACCCCAACGGAUGAGCCGCGAAGGUGACGUAGCAGCAGGUGUCAGCUGUGACCCUUUGAGCCUGGCAGCUUUUCUAAAUAAUUGAUUGGUGUGUUGACACAGCUCUCUGUAUUGUCUCCCUCUUGCAACUUUGCCACAUUCUGCUCCACUCUGUAGCCCCUCUCCACCACGUCCAAGUGUUCAGACUCCACUCAGAGACUUUUCUUACCCUUAAACCCAAAGUCCAGACUCCGAGGCUAUGAGAGAAGCCAGCAGGGAGAUGUUUUUCUUUUUCUUUUUCCCCCCCCUGAAAGUUUGGCUUCUCAUCAGCUGAAACAAUAUCACUGGGUUGUCAGCUCUCAUUGCCCUCCAGUCUUUUAAAGAGGGAGAUAUCAGCCUUGCAAUUCAUACCAGAGAGGAGGGAAGGGGAUGAUGGGGGGGUCGGAGGAGGAGGCCUUCAUCUCGAUCCAGAGGCAAACGCGAUGAGAAGGGAUCCGAGCCGCGUGCAGACCCACACAUGCAAAACGUGCACACACUCGUCAAAUUUUACCGAGAGUUUCUGGCAAUGUCAGAAAGCCUGCAGACUCCGCGUCUAUUCCCCUGGAGACUAAGAGAAACGCAAUUUUCUCUCAAAGCUCUAAUUCUACUAGACUUGUGAAAUGAAUCAGUGAGCUGUCUCAUUGGAAGCUAGAGCUUGAUGAUGUUUAUAGCUGCAAAAAGAAACGACUGAUGCUUCAAAAUCGGACAGAAAAGUCCAAUUUGUCCAGCCAGAUCAUUGUGAAGAGCAGCUUCACAAACGCACCAGAGAAUCCGUCAACUGCAUAUCUGGUGUUUCUAUUUGGGUUGAGCACGUUCUCUAAGAUUCCCCUUGCUAUUUUCAGCUCCAUACAUAUAAAGUGCCUUGUAAAAAGUAUCUGUACCCCUUGCAGUCGGAAGCACAAACGUUAAAGACUGAACUAAAAGACUAAGUAGGGAUAACAUGAAUCGAGAGACGUGAACAAAGAGGUCCGGGGUAAAUCUGAGGGAUUUACAGAAAUACCCAGAGAAUCUGUAAACAGGAAUACUAAAGUCAGCCUCUAUGGAGGAGUUGUAGGUAGAAAGUUAUUCUUUAAAGAAAGCUUUAAAUUUGAAAUUUGCCUCAAGCCAUUUAGGUGAAACAGAUUGCCUAAAUCUGUUAGAUGCUUCAAAAGACUGGGAUUCAGAGUUCACCUUCCAGCUUUUAAACUCCUAGCAUACAGCCAGAGACACGAUGGUGAUAUAAACCAAAACAUUUGUGUGUUAGAAUGGUCCUGUCAAUGUAAAGAUCUAAAUCCAAUUGAGACUUUACCACCAAACUGAUUGUUAAAGUUGCUCUCUGUCCAGUUUGACUCAUCUUGAGCUAUUUAGCAACAAACAUUUCAGCCUCUAGAAAUACAGAGGGGUAGAGUCACCGCUCCAGAAAGAACACAUCAAGAUUUCUGAUUGGAGCAUUACAAAAUGUAAAAAAAAAAAAGCUCACAGGGUGCAAGUACUUUUAGCAAGGCUCAGUAUGCACACUGGCUUCCUUACUGAUUCUUAACAACAUGGAGUGUUUUCUGGGUGUAAGGAGAGAAAACACUAGAGAACAAGAACAGCUCCUCCUGGAUGCAGCCGUUUGAUGCCGGUGUUUAGUGCUGCUGCUUGCGCUGCAGUUUGCUUCACUCCCUCUUAAUGAAGUGUCUCAGCACUACACGUGAGUGACUGCUAGCACUUAAACAAAUCACUAAUGUAAUUCAUGCCUCGGAUGCACACAGCUUACACAUCAAGAGAGCUUCCUUGGUCUGAGGCCAUGCUUUCAUCCAAAUGGAGGAAAAACAAAAUGAGAACCCCUCCUUUCUCCCCGUUCUAAUGCCCGACCAGCAAUUUAGAUGUUCGGGUUUGCAGUUUUCUAAUGUGACCUAAAAUCUUUUGUUUUGUUGUCGAUGCCUUAGUCGUCCCACUGGCAGGAUUUAAGGAGCGAGACUUGCCUCAGUGUUCUGUUGGAGUUGAAAUCCUCCGUAAGUCCAAAACCUUCAUUUCAUUUCUGUUGAGCACAUUCACAUUCUCAACAUGUCACAUGCGGAUGCUUGAUCACAGGCCUACUGUGUAACAUUUGAUGGCCCCAGAUAUCCCCUAGGGCCGCUUCUCAGUGCGCAGGGUAUAGUGAUUUACACCAGCAGCUCUCUGAAUGAGAACACUUAAUCUGAUUGUCAGGAUGCUGCAGAGGCAGUAGGAAGCAAGGAGACUCUUCUUUGUGUAGAAGAUUUGAUAGUAAGACCAUCUAGUGCUAUCAAUUAUCCAAUCAAAUCUUGUUCUCCGUUUGACUUAUCAAGCAUUGCAGAUGGUUGUAAUGAAACCAUUUUAAUAAAUGAGAGCCCCUCACAUUUAUUGGUGUCUCUGGUAAAAAAAUAAAUCUUAUGUUUUAUUGUAGCAGCAUGAUUUCAUGUGGAAAAGUGUAUAAAACCCUUUAAUGUGGGUACAUUUAUUCAACAAAGAAAAAAUAUCUUAAGAAGAAAAUCUACAGUGCCCCUAAAAAUCCCUUCAAACAUGUAUGUGAUUAAAACAUCUCUAAUGUAUGCUUUACUAUUGUUUUUAAGCUCCAAAAGGUACAAAUAUGCUACAAAGGCAUUUUGAUAAGAAUAAAAGCUAAACACAUAUUCAGUUCAUCAUUGGAUGCGGCAUCUACAAGCUAAAUGCUCAUUUUAAAGUUAACUAAACUCUCCUAACUGGAGUCCGGUGUUUUUGUCAGACGAAACUAAAGCUGGUGUCACACCGUUGUUCCCCAUCUUGCCAAGUAAGCAGACUUUUGGAACAUAAAGUCUUGCCAUAUCUUAGAUGUAAGCAUUGCAGAUAGCGCAUGUUUAUUGGGAUCAAGGGUGCAGAAUUCAGUAUGUUGCUACAUUCUGUGGAGAACCCUGAUGUCUCGGCUCAUUGCAUGUUUUCUUCAUAUUUAAAGGUCAUCUGACUGCCAGAGAAUGAACUUUCAAGAGCAAAUGUGUUCGUACAAAUGCAAACCUCAAAUAUUUGGCAGUCAUUCUAAGUAGAGACUUUCCCAGAGCAGCAGUUUAAUAUUAAGAAACAUCUCUGGCGACAUUUGGCAUUAUGGAUACAUGUUAAUCCAUCACAAUGAUUAUGAGAUCUAAAAUUUCUACAGUGUAUGUUUCUGAGGGACAAUAUACACUGCAAUUAAUUUCCAUAAACCAACCAAAACUGGCAGAAUUAGACCUGAAUUCAAUGCUCCAGCAAACCUCUUGCACCUUUUGGACCUCUUUAUGACCUAAAUUUAAAAUCUCCGUCUGGAUAUUUUUUUGCUUAUUUUAAUUGUAUGCAGUUUUUUAAAUGUCCUGUGAGUAAAUAUAUAUUUGCCCAUUUAUCCACAACAACUAGAACUUUCGAUAUCUAGCAACUUAUUUUUGCAAUUUACCGUCUAUUAAAAGAGCGCCCCUCAGAUUAAUUUCACUCCCUGCUACGGCGGAGGUGAAAUUACCGUAGAAACCCGAUAUCGGCUGGAAAGCGCAACGUCUCCCCUUUCAGAAACCGAUGGAAUUUUUCAGAUUGCGCAAAGUGUAGGGAAAUUACGGUACUGCAAAUUUGGUUGGACCGUCGGCGCUCCGUUUAGGAUUUAGAGGAUUAAUUCAGGAUGUCGCCUUUUGAUUAAAAACUAUCUGCAGGUGAAAACCAGACUCAUCUGUUGAUGUUCAAACACAGUGUCCUUCUAAAAACCCUAGCUACUUAGAAAUGAUUUUACUGCUGCUAGGUAGUUACUGGCUAUCCACACUCAACACUGCUUAAAGAAAUAUUGAAGAAUGCCCUUCUGCCUGACUCACUACACAAGUACCUUUUGAAUCUUUUAGAGAACCUGUCCAGCAAUGACUCCUCCUCAAACCAAUAUUCAAAAAAAAAAAAAAAAAAUGCAAUUUUUUUAUUAUUUAUUUAUUUUUUUUUCAGCUCAAGUCCCAGUUACUAGUUGAAUUCACAUUCAGUUGUUAUCAUAAGCACACCAGAAAUGCCGCAGUGGAUAAGUCUGGCACAUGCUUCAGCACAUUAGGGAUCACACUCCAUCACUUACCAUAGUCACACACUAUUUAGUUCUUUUUUUUUUUUUAUCUUUUCCUCUCUUCUCUUUUGUCCGUCAUUCUGUCUGCCUCUCUCUCCCACGCCAUUCCCUUCUCCCUCCUGGCAGACUUUCUUCUGCCGCCUGAACCUCCCUCUGUGCAUCCAUAUCCAUGAAAGGCUGAGCGAUGGGUACCAAGAGCCUCUCUGGAGUUUGGUGCCCACCGCUUCGAGCUACGAACCAUGAGAAUCUCCCCGGGUCCUCCUCGUGUGCGAGUGACUGUGUGUUGGGAGUCGGCCGUGAUAGACGACAGUGUCAUGGAAAGCAUGGCGGGCUCCAGAUUCACUCCCUGCUGAGCAGUCAGACACAAUCACGAUUAAGCUUGCACAAGUGCAGACUGCAGCAUGAAUUUGCCACGUGUUUUUCCGCUUCUGGACAUAUGAAAUUCCUCUGAAGUGAAAGUGUGAGCUCUGCAUUUGUCUGGGUGAAAUUUCACUCAGACAAAUAAGCCGGUUUGCAUUUAAAAUUUAAUUGGGAUGCAAAUGAACACAUCCAGAUAAAAAAAAGGGGGGGGGGGGAGGGGGGGGAGCAAUGAAGUAAAACUUUAACAAGUGAGAAUUAAUUAGCAAUGUAACGCACGCUCCAACUGCUGCAGUGACUUCUCCGCUUUACCUCUCCAAGAUGUGAAAAACCUGUUAGGCAAGUUGCUGGAGUGCCGCUCGGCGCCCGCUGGCACGCCUCUGUAAUAAGGGAUCAGCUAAGAAUGGGAGGAUCAUGAAUACAAAAGCACCAAUGGGAUAUGCAGGGUGUGAAUAUGCAUCAAACGCAUCUGUGCUUGUGCUCGCUUCGGCUCUGCGGCGCAUUUAAUGUGCCGGUUCUCCUCCGUGGCAUCCCGCUUUCCUUUUGACUUUUAGUCCCAGGAGGUGCAAACACUUUUAGUGGGUCACUUCAUGUGAAAAAGCUUCCUGGCCUUUAAAACCCCGACCGAGCUGUCACAAAUCACUGCUAAUGCAUUAGAGGAGUGGCUCUCAAACCUUUAAUGGCGAGCACCAUCUCAGUGUUAAGGUUCUGCAGCAUUGCCAUGCUGACAGACGUCAUAAAGCAGCAACAGAAAUUGACAUUUUGAGUUUAAGAGGGAAAUAUACUAAUCUUAUUCACUGUAUGCUUGGUUGAAGGAUUCAAGUCUGUGUCUGACUAACAGAUGAGAUACGAAUGAUUUGUAAGCUCUAUAUUAACACCUAGACUGGCUGCUAGCUUGCUACCCGUGAUGCUAACAUUAGCAUCCUCGUUGUAGCAUCACAUUUGUGCCAAACUGAAGGGGGGAUGCUUCACCGUUUUUAAAUAGUCUGGACAGCGUCAUCGCUAGUUUAAAUUCUUACCCCUAGAUCAGGUCAAACUCAUUUUUAUUUUGGGCCACAUCAAAAAUCUGAAUGUUCUUAAAGGGCCGGUUGGGCUGUCAUAUAUUGAUAAAAUCAGUAAAUAGCUGUUUCCCCUGGAUUUUGAGAUUGUUUUAGUGUACGUUUUGCAAUCAAAAUUACAGACUUUGUGGCGCCAAUCUAGAAAUGUUUGUAAGAAAUUUUUAAGAUAUUCACACUAAUGUACGAUGUUAAAUGUGACUUUUUAUUCCAUCAAUUACGGACUAUAAAAUCAAGUAAGGCUGAGGCAGCGGUCACUUAAACUCAAUGGUUUUGACCAAUUUUGAGAAAAUCUGCAGUAAAAAUCAGGGGAAAAAAAUUUAGAGAUUUUUUGACUUUGUGUGAAUUUUGCAUAUUUGUGAAAAACUGGAAGGGCUUAUCGAUGUAAUUUGGAGUCUAGAGGGACACAUAAAAAGCUAUGGUGGGCCGGAUGUGGCCCCCAGGCCUUGAGUUUGACACCUGUGCCGUAGAUAAUAUACUAGAUGAUUCUAAGCUGAACAGAAAACCCCUUUUUUUUUUUUCCCUGAAAAUACAAAAAGGGACAGUUUCUCUUUUCUAAUUUUUUUUACUGGUAUUCGAAUCAAGUAGAACAAAAGUACGGCCACAGUGUUGUUUUGCUUUCUACAACCCCAACAGCAUCGCGUAUCAUCACUCUGGUCGUCAUGGGAUUGCCAGCUUAGCGGUACCUGCGCCGUGCUGGAGACAAUCCAGAAUCUUUUCAUGUUGUUUCAUGAUAGUGGUCUGAUCCGGGAAACGCAAGCAAAACAGCGGCGUCCCAGUUUACGUUCAAAAACCGUCCGAAGACUCAGGACUUUAGGGAGCAUCUCCUGGCUUGCCCUCUUUCUGCACCUCUCUGUGACACAAUCUGACAAGCAGUCUUCCUUCUAAGUAGCUUAUUGGAUUGUCAUCGUUUGUAAGUUGCUUUGGAUAAAACAAUCUGCCCAAUGCUUAGACGUGGAUUGUUGCCUUCCCUCCGAAUUUGCACUGAUUUUACAUGUUCAGUCUUGAAAUUAUUCUCGCUGUCCUCCUUCUCCCUUGUUGUGUUUUCUGUUUAAAUUUCUGCUUUAAUCAGGUUAUAUCAACAUUUCCCAAGGAAAGGGUACCCAAGUAUCACCCAUAGUAUUUGUAGCAAAGUCUGAAAACCUUGACAUUAGAAGUUGCAAAAAAAAUAAAUAAAUAAAUAAAAUGCAUAAGGACAGCAAGUAAACAAGCAAUACAAAUCAGUAAAGCAAUAACAAGCAAUCACCACACUUUACCCUCUCCUCAACCUUUUGCCCACUUACAUCCCUUCUUAGAGUUUAGGGGCUUUUGCCAACGAGUGUGUGGCGCUGAAACAGAGGGGAGCACUGAGCAGAAGAGGAGACUCUACAGAGGACCUGAGAGGACAGAGACUGGAGUGAAAAAGAUGAUCUGGCUUGCAUGGACACAACAGAUAUGGCAUUGUUUUGUUUUGUUGUUGUUUUUUUUUUUCAUCCAGAUUUGUCUGCAGAGUCCUGAAGCAUUCAUCCUGGGUUCUAUCUCUUUGAUGCAUUCGAACAGUCGACUUUAUAAAAGGAUUCUGCCGCCGCAGCUGCAAAGAGAAGCGGGUCUGCACUCUGAUCUGCAGAUGUUCACAGCGGGAUCUGGACCCCCUUGUUGUUCUCUUCAUACUCUUGACAGACCCCGAGCGCUGCAAUCGUAGAACAAACAAACGGCGCUGGAUGUGCGACACCGGCUCCAGGAUUCACAGUUUGAGGAGAGGAACAAGUCCUUCGGGACAAACAGAGCCUGAGGACAAGCUACCAGCAAAGUCAAAGACACAACUUUUCUACAUUUCUCUUGCCGCGCGUUUGUCGCACGGAUUAGCCGAGAGUGCGAGCGCCGGCUGACUUUAACUUCUUCCUGCACUUUGGGAAAUGUUGCUUCCGAGGUGCCAGAAUCCCAAGAAACAAUCAUUCUGACAUGCUGGACAGAGACGGACACAUUUUAGUGUCGAUUUCCCUGUGGCCCAAAAGCUCUGGAUUUUAUUUUAUUUUUUUAUAAUAGUUAUUUUGCGCGUGUGCGUGUGUGUGUGUCUUCAAUUCAGGCUGGACAUCUUUGACUACCUUCAGGCAAAGACGAAAUAAAAAAUAAAAAAAACACAAAAAAAAAAAACAGCUGGUGAAGCUAAGUUAAUUGGACUGGAAAAAAAGCCUCUGCUGAGCCACAGUUUUGCCUCUGAUGUGAACGAUGUACAACAUUCGCACACAAGCACUCAUGCACGUACAGACGAAGGACUCACAUCUACACACAAAGACCACAGUUUUGUGGAAUGAAACAGGACCAAAAGCCUUGAAUCAGGGGAAACUGAGUACACCUAACUGAUGCUUUAACAUCCAAAACAGUGGGAAUGCUGAGACUGUUUUGGAUCGUCAGCUUAGAGUGAGUUUACUCAAUCUCUCCUGAUGAAUGACAGACUAUGGCGCCGCUCGCUUCAACCCGCAAGCGAACUGACUGUUGUUUCUGAACGCUCCUCUCCAAAAAAUACACAGUGCAAGUAUUCUACCGAAGGUUAUGUGAAUGCAACCUGGUAGACAUACUUGGGUAUCCAUGAUCCUUAGCAAUAUGUAGACUAUUGUGUACGGUUCAGUUGUUUCCUUGUCCUCUGUCAGUUUUCGUACGGUGUUUUUUCCAGGACUGAGCUCCUGUUCGAAGCAUUAAGACGUUAAUUUGACCUAUAUAGAAUUGACGAAGCGCUUCCAGAUUUUAGACUCAUGGCUGCACACCCUUCUAGAUCUAGGCACCCCACCCGUCACACGUCACACAAUAUAACUCCAAAGGUCACAGGUGAUCUUUUGAAUUUCAUUCUAUGUCAUGUAUACGGUAUGAAGCUCGUGAUCUUUGUGAGUUACAUUGUUUGGUAUAAACAUACACUUGUGUAUUUAUUGUUAAAGAUAUUGCAUUGUAUCUAAGUGCUUUGCCGACACGUUAGCUGAAAAAAAAAAAAAAGAAAAAAAAAAAGGGAAGACUGAAUUAUUUCUUGUACAGAUUUUGCACCUCUGGAAAACUGGAGAGAAAAAAAAGUCAUGCUUUGUUUCAUGAUCAUUUGUACUGGGCGGCAAUAGGCUGCUUUGGACUGCUAUGUACUACUUGUGUAUAUAUAUAUGAAUGCCGUACCAUUUGUCUGCUGUGAAAGUUGUUGACUACUCAGCUUAUAUAAGGGCUUUUUAUAGAUUUAAAACCAGACGGGCAUCACUCUCUGUAACUCAAAAUAUUCUCUGGACGCUUUUUUUUUGUUUUUGUUUUUUUGUUUUGUUUGUUUUUAGAAAUGAAGGGAUAUGAACAAAGAUUUUCUUGCAUACAAAAAUGCUGUAUAAAUAAAAUUUUCAACUGA